AUGAAGGCCAGGAUUCUCCUGUUUUGUCUUCUAGGAUCAACUCUGUCAUUACCAAUGCAGCUCAACCCUGCUUUGGUAGUUCCUCCAACAAAGCUCGUUCCAGGUCAGGCAACACUGCUAAACCAACAGCAGCCAAAUCAGGUCUUCCCUUCUUUAAGUCUAAUUCCAUUGACACAGAUGCUCACACUGGGGUCAGACCUGCAACUGCUAAAUCCUGCUGCAGGGAUGGCACCUGGUACCCAGACCCUCCCACUGACCCUGGGGGGAUUGAAGGUACAGCAGCAGCUGCAACCACAAGUGUUACCAGUUAUUGUAGCACACCUUGGAGCCCAGGGUGCUAUCCUAAGCUCAGAGGAAUUGCCAGUGACCCCCCAAAUCUUAACAGGAUUUAUCUUCCAUCCCUUGUUUCCCGGAGCCAUCCUGCCCACCAGUCAGGCUACUCCAGAGGUCCAGAAUGGAAUCCUUCCUGCAGGACAAGCAGGAGCAAAUCCUGCCAUCCGGGGAACCUCAGAGGGCCCCUUCCCAAAUACCAGUGGCACAGAUGACGACUUUGCAGAGACCACCCCGUAG